AUCUGCGUGAAGAUUCUGUAUCGAAUAUGUGCAUAGGAGUACAUUUGUGUUUGGGGAGGGGUGGUGAUCAGUGAUCAUGAACCAUCUCAUUUAAGCAAUUCAAUGCUACUUACGUUAAAAGGUUUAAAUUCAGAAGAUUUGUUUUGUGAAACAAUGACUGUUCUAUUAAUAAAGAUACCUUUAAAAAAAAUGGCUUAAGAGUUUGUGUUGGAUGAGAAAAUAGCCUGCAGGGGAGAGGAUGUAGUCAUAGUUAUGUACAGUGUAAAAAGAUUCUACGCUAAUUGGAAUAUUGCAUGGGCAAUUAAUUAACAUUCAAAUUCCAUCUACAAGGCAGAUAUUGAAAGGUUUUACAGUUUAGUUGCGCACCUUUGUAGCAAAUACGCCUCGUUUAUGUGGACUCAGUUUUACUUAAAUGUGGAAUGUUUUAUAUGCAAUAUGUUUCUCUUCCGAGGGCAGUGGUGCCAGGUGAGAAUCGUUCGAUGUUUUUCAGAGCCCAGCAGAUGAAUGCGGAGACAUACCCUCUCGGGCAGACUUUUUUCAAAACUCGGCACCCCCUUGCUGAGUUGGUCGCAGUCAUUGUUUCGCUCCAGCAUUAACCACAUUCCAGAGAGACGCAGUGCACCCUGUGUACUUCCUCGCAUUCCAUCUACAUAAACGAGUCCCGUGCGCUUAAUUUAAUACGGAGAUGUUUUACCUCGGUUUGCCUGAACAUCUGUUGAGUUGCCGGGGAAUUCUUAGUACAAGUAUUUUUGCGUGACUUGGGAUUUUACAACAACGAUGUUUGGGAAAACAAGCAAAAUCAACGAAAGAAAAUUCCUCCGCGGAGCGCGCCAUUGACUGUAAAGACCUUUCAACUUAACAAAAACUGAAAUUGACAAACGUCUCCUGUUGUUCAAACUUUGUUUAGCGGGUGUAUCGCCGUAUUUUCGAAGACAGGGGACAUGCAUUCUAAGAAAAUUGCAGAAAAGACUUGUGGUUUUUGUGAAACUGCGGUAAUGGCUACACUGAGCCAGCGUUUUGUUGUGAUUUCCAUGUGAAAUGCAUUUUCUGCCAUCUCUUACUCGGUAGUUGGCUGGCCGAUUAGUGUACUCGCUCUCUGUCUCUCAACUUGUUCCUCCUCUCGACAGCAAACCAUGGAUCACUAUGAGGACGAUUUGGGACACAGAGCUAGUAAAUUAAUGGACGAUCUCUCAUUGUACGAACCAUAUCGAGAUGGAUUUUUUACUUCAAGAGACGGCAUGGCAAUCAAUCCUGAAUUGGAUUUUCCGACUCCAGUGAUAACUGAACAGAAAAGUAAGCGAAUGAAUGGUAGCUUGGUGCCUCACCAGCAGCUUCACUCUGUGGAAAAUUACAUGUCAGGGAAUAAAGUGUAUAACGCGGCUCCCGUGCGCUCUGUGAACGGUAACCGAAACGUGCCUUUGGAUUUUUGUACCCCUCAAAGAGAUGCUGGUUACAUUGAAGAUGGCUAUUGCACCAAAUCAGAAGUUGCGCUCCCGUGCUACAGCGGAGGAGCGUCGUCAGAGCGACAUAGGAGAUACUCCUUGGAGGUGCAGGGACACAGGUACAGCACCGGCUGCGCGUACGAUGGGGUUGUGUUGAGCAAGCAAGUACCAUUGUCGGGUAGUAGAAGCAAUAGUGUCUGUGUUGGCACUAACCACGAUGGCAGGUACAAUGCAACUAGCCCACGGUCCAGUUUAGCAUCGUCUCUGUCCUCUCAAGAGCAAAGUAAACAUUCAAGCCCGAGAUCCAGUGUUAGCAGUCCUCGGACAAGUUUAGUGGUACCUGGACAGGACAAGUAUACCAGUCCCCGAUCAAGUCUGGUGCACUGUGAUGGGUCGAAUGCUCUUAGCCCCCGGUCUAGCUAUGCAAGCACAGCCAGCGACACGAGUAAACAUUCCAGCCCUAGGGCCAGUCUGAACAGCUAUGACAGUGGUAGCAAACCAAGUAGCAACCGCACUAGUGGCAUUAGUAUGGGGUAUGAUCAAAGACACAUUAGUCCGAGGUCGAGCACUGCAAGCCAGUACAGCACCACCAGUCCUCGGUCUAGUUACUCUGACUCUAGAUACAUGCCCCCGACCAACCACGACCUGGAGGCUGCAGUGGUGCACGGUAUGCCUGUAGCCAGCCCUCGCUCAAGCAUCUGCAGCCAGGACGGGAAUGCAAGACCUGGUGUAGCGGCUAACUGUGUUGUGAGCCCUCGCUCCAGCAUCUCCAGUCACAGCUCCAGAAGUUCCCGCAGCUCAAGGGGAUCUAUGAGCACAUACCCAGAACUUCAGCUUCCCUCGCCAAGGUCUUCAAUGCUGGGACCUGGUUUACAGGAGGACACAUUGAUCGAGGACUUUGGGGACACGAAUGGUCUCCAAAACCGAGUGCAUCUUCAAACAUUCCCAGUAAUUCAAGAGCCACAACAACAGUCCCAACAGCAGUCAACGCAACUUGGAAUUAACACAGAUGUGAGCACUGGCCAACCCACCUCUUUUAAUUACAGCAUAACGUCUAAAAAUCAAGCCCCAGGACAAAGGUUUAAGUUGCCUUAUCAGGUUACCCCAUGUCGGGACAGUGGGCCAAGUCAAGCCGAGAGGCGGCUUGAGGCGCUCACCUUGGAGCUGGAGAAAGAACUAGAGAUGCACAUGAAAAAAGAAUAUUUUGGUAUCUGCAUCAAAUGUGGGAAGGGGGUGUACGGAGCCAGCCAAGCCUGCCAAGCCAUGGGCAACCUUUACCACACCAACUGCUUCACCUGCUGCUCCUGUGGUAAGUGCGAUGAACACGUAGUCCCUCAUCUCGAACAGAUACCAACUGAAGAAGACAACAGAGCCCAGCCAUUAUGGCAGUUCUUAGUCCUGUAAUGGGAGCAGUUGUGUGAAUCUGAAUGAGACCGGGGAAGACCAUGACAGGCAGCAUGCUUUUGGUCCCCACAGACAUCCUGGCUUUUCUCUAUCUUGCUCUGUCCACAGUGAA